AUGCAGCCAGCCUCAUUCCCAUACUUCUACAAUUUGCCUUUCGACAUUCGACAAUUGAUUUGGAAGUAUGUCUUCCCUAAUCUUGGACAAACGCGACUGCUCACAUUCAAAGUGACCGAAAAUAACGCUUCUCCUGGCGAUGACUGUCCCAAAGUCUGCAAGCUCCCACCCCUGGCCCCGGCAACUUCUACAGCAAGGAUAGCCUUAUCGACUUGCUUCGAUUCCCGAGCCUUUGCACUUAGACUGCUUCCCCACGUCCUAGAACUCUCGCCCCAGGAGCAUGACGACGCUGGAGGUCUCGUCCGCUUCAAUGCGCAUACGGACAUGGUACUCAUCGACUGGUCCCGUGCGCGUUGCUACUACUGUAACGGGUCCGUACUUGUCCCCGAUUACGCCAUGGUUGCCGUCGACAUCACACACGACUCUUUAGCUUCGUUUCGGGCAGAGAUCAGACAUUUGGUCAUCCGCGAGAAAUACAUGAAGAUGCAGAGUGACGGGCCCACCCGGAGGCAGAUGGCGCUCAACGUCUCAGCCAUGCCCUCGCUCAACAGCGUCCAACUUUUGACGGAAACAAACUUUAGCACCCUGAUUUCUCCACGCUACGUGUGCGGACAUGACUAUGGAGAUUGUCAGUUGUACAGCAACUAUCUCCAAGAGCAUACCGACUGCUCUCAUCACUUUGUCAGAUGUGGCGACGAGCCAUCGUCGCCGUGGUCCUUUCGCAAAUAUAUUGACCUCUUGGAACAGUCUCUCACCCUGGCAAUAUCCAAAAGCCCCGACCCGCCAGACUAUAGCGAUUUUCAGGUCUGUGGCUACCGCGACGUCAAUUUUGGAUGUCUGGCCCGGCUGGAGAUCUCGCCUCCGGUUGCGGGAGAUUUUUUUACCCCGGAUAGCCAGUGGAAUGUCUUUGACUGCCCUGCAGGAUUGGUCGACUACAGCAGUCUCUAUUCUCAUCAGCUAUGUGCUGAAGACCAACUUGAGCCGUUGGCAUCCGGUGACGAAAGAAUCCCAGCUCCGAGACCUGGGUGGCUACCUACCUUGCCUGGAUGGAUAGUUCCAAGCAGGCCGAAUGCUCAAAGAGUCCUUGAAAGGUGUCACAACACCAGACGCUUGAGUACUAGGCUCCUCGGCGAGAUUGUUACCAACCAAGAACAGCCUGAAGCGGCUACAUCCGCGAGAACCGACUCCUAUUGUAUACGGCGGCUGCCAUUGCUUCGACCGCUGAAACAAUGA